CCGUCUCGAACUCUUCUUCUUCGUGUGUGUUCUUGAGAGUAUAAAAUGAUUUCCGGUGACGACACGGAGGUGGAAGGGUCUCGAGCUCCUCGGCGUCCCGGCGAAAUCGAAGCUUCCGCGUCGUCUCCUCGACGAACUCGAGACCGGCACGGCGUCCGAGAGCGCGCGAUCGGCAUGGCGGGAUUAGGAAAGGGGGAGAGUAGCGGCGGCGGUGGCGGCGGCGGAGGGGAGAUGGGGUUCAGGUUCAAGCCGAGGGAGGCGGAGGCCGUGGAGUACUACCUUCUCCCCCGGCUGCAGGGCCGGCCGCCCGUGCCCAACCCCGCCAUCGUCGUGGAGAACGUCUACGAGUUCGAGCCGGAGCGGCUCAUCAAUGAGAAGUGCAACGGCGGCGUCGCCGGCGAGGGCGAGGAGGGGUGGUACUUCCUGUCGCCGAGGGAUCGCAAGUACAGGAACGGGAAGCGGCCGUCGCGGAGCACGGAGGACAAGGCCGGGCGGUGGAAGGCGUCGACGGGGAAGACGGAGGGGAAGGACCCGAUCACGGAGUGCUAUGGCUGGGUCAAGUUCUGCGUCACCAGCCUCGUCUACUUCAAGGGCCCCGUCAAGACGGAGAAGAAGACCAAGUGGCUGAUGCGCGAGUUCACCAUCCCGCACUUCGAGAACAAGCUCGACAAGACCGCCGCCGCCGGCGGCAGCAGCAACCAGGUCAGCCGCCUCUUGUGUUCUUGUUUUUUUUUUUGGGUUAAUCGCUGUAGCUCAAAUCGAGCUUGUUCUUGCAGCGGCAGCUGGAUCAGUACGUGUUGUGCAGGAUUUACACGUCGCCGAAGAAAGGCGCAGACGACGGCGAGCAAGCCGAAGUCGUCCGCGGCGGCGGCGGCGGCGGCGAGGACAUCGACGAGUGGGCGGAAGCCUGCGCUGUCUUCGACUUGGGUCCCGAGACGGCGGAGGGCAGCGACAAUGCGGAUGCGGCGGCGGCGGAGGGAGACAUGCGGUCGGCGAAACAGGCGGGCAAGAGGCCCGUGGCGGCGGCGGCGGUGGCCGAGCAGCCGUCGAAGCGGCCGUGGCUGCCACCAUCACCGUCGACGCCAUGUGACGGCGGGCCAUCGCAAGCGAUGGGCAACCGCCAAGUCCCAAUGCAGGGGCUAUCACUCAUGCACAACUUCCCGCCUCCGCCGACGACGUUCUGCGGCCACGCGCCAUUUCAGCAAGGAUUCCCGGUGCACAACAACCGCGCGCAGAUGCGGUGGCCGACGAUGCAGCACAACUGCAUGCCGUCGCCGGCGCACAGCUUCCAGCCGCGGCCGGUGCAGCGGCGACCGGUGCUCGUCGGCCAAGCGCCACCGCAGCGGCGACCGGUGCAUCACGUCGGCGGCCACGCGCCGAUGCACAUGCACCAGGCGCAGUGGACGCCGGUGCACAUCGCCCAAGCGCCGAUGCAGCAGCUGCCGUUUGACGAUUGGGUGUUCGAUCCGUUCGACGACCCGCCACCGCCGAUGCAGCAGCUACCGGUGAUGAUGAACAACUACCAGCCGCAAGCGCCAAUGCAGCUGCCGCCGAUGAUGAACAAUGACCAGCCGGCGAUGGUGCACGGCGGCGAGCUCCAGGCGCCAAUGCAGCUGCUGCCGGCGACGACGCACGGCGGCGAGGUCCAGGCGCCAAUGCCGCUGAACGUGUACGAGGAGGAGCAGAGGCCAUCGCAAGAAGACGGGGGACAAUGCACAAAUGCAGAAGGAUGAAUCUUUUUCCUUCUUUUUUUUCACUAGCUUAAUCAUCCAAAUGUACUCUUUUGCACGGAACCAAUGUGUUGCCUAAUCCUAUAUACUUAUAUAUGCUUACAUAGCUCAUCCCUACUAAGUGUAAUUAAUGUUAUUUCUCUCUUUUCUCAUUAAGCAAUCAUUCAAAUUAUUUCUAAUCUUUGGAUGACAUAUUUAUGGUCUAAAUUGUCUCUUAUUUCUUCUCUCAUAAAAACAUGCAAUCUUAAU